AUGGACUUUUCAAAUAGCGCUUUCCGGUCAGCGCCAGCCUCCAAGGUUUCCAACGAUACCAUCUCGCACGCAAACCUGGUUAUGUCGUGUAGAUGGGGAUGGACCAGCACCCCAGACGAGGGCGCAGACUCACCAUUCGCCACCUCAACCCAACCACUACCAACUUCCACACUUAACAAUGUCCGCUCGAAGCGCUUUGCUCCCUGUCAGGGUCGCCUCUAUCAUCAGCUUCUCUGCUCUCACCGCAUCCGAACGGAUCUAGUCGAGGACUGCGGUACGAACUGUGUCGAGCCUUACGGCAACGCUGUCGAUGCCGCUUUUAUGUGUAACGAAUGCAUCCAGUCCGAGACAUCAAAGAUCUGGGAAGAACGAAAGGCUCAGCACAAUGCUACAUACCCACCCAUGGAGCAGAUGACGAAAGAGCAAUAUGACCAAUGGUACGCCGAGCAUCGACAACUAGAAGCAGAGUUUGCCAGAGACCAGCGAGUUUACGAAAUGGAGCUCAAAGCAAAGAUGCGUCCCAGCAACAUCUGCUCGGCGCUGGAGGCCAGUACCGAGGAAAUGGAAUUUGCGACUGAGCUAGACUCCCUAUCCUUGUCCCUAAUGACAUCAAAUACUUCCACCGUCGAUCCCGCACAACUUCAACCACAGGGUCGUACGCGUACAAGCUUGGCGACUGAUCCCUCUGAGCAGCUGCACUGGGAUCUGAAUACACUUGCUCUUGAUCGCGGCUCCUGUGGUAUAGAGUACUCGGCGUCACAGUCCAGCAACGACGUCUCUACACGGCAACUCGAUCCCGAUGAGUUAUGGCGGAAACCGCGUAACUGA